AUGUGCUCAAGCGCCAAGCACCUGGGGUUGGCGGAUCCGCUGAUGGCGCCGCUGAGCGUGGCCCUGAUCAGCGGCAAGGCGGUGCUCGAGAAUUCGGACUACCAGGGGAUUGGCUUAGAGCUCCGAGAGCUGGUGGGAAAGGAGCUCAGGAUCACCCCCGCCCGCCUCAGGCUUCUGACAGCCGACAACGUGGAGAUCGCGGAUGAGGAGACGAUCAGCGAGAGCACCAAGAGCCCAAUCACUGCCAUGGUGGGUGAAGGCCAAGAGCUUCCCGAGUGGUGCGCGGAGAACAUGCCGCAUUACUCCCAGAAGCCCCUGGAGGACGGCCUAGUUCUUCCGGACGGUGCUUCGGAGAUCGACCCGAAGACCCUGGGAAUGGUCUUCGCGAUCGCCAUCCACAAGGCUUGGAAGAAUGCGGAAAAGAAGUUUCAGAAAGCGAUGGAGAAGGAGGGCGCGAGGUCAGAUGAAGACUUUUCCUACGACCUCGACAAGAAAUCCUUCUAUCUGGAUGAGUGGGACGGCGAGGAUAUGACCAAGCAUGAAAAAGACAUCGCCGCAAAGCUGAAGGAUGACUGGGAAAGCAGCCACCAAGUGGUGAUGCAGUGCAAGGAAGCAGCGCGGAGUCUGGCCUUGCUGGACGAACGCCUGAAGGGCACCCAGGUCUUGACCUACUCGCGCUGGGAGGAGGACCAGACCGGCCGGCGCCGCGUGUACGGCAUACGCCAAACCUAUACGGCCGUGGAGUUUGAUAGCAUCGUGGGUCGGCCGCUGGAACGCCGCGGCGUUUUCGACAAGGGCGCCAGCAAGAGUCUCAAGCAGCUGUAUCGCCAACGGAUCACUACGCUCAUCGAGGUGGAACGCCUGGAGGACCCGGGGGAAGUGGUGGACCGAGUCUCUACUUUCUGCAGCCUCCUGAAAGCGCUUUCGGAGGGCAGCCCAGAGGCUGCCUGGAUGGCUCCCCACGCGGCCUUGCUUGAUGAGACGCUCCUUCUCGUCUUGGAUCGCGAGAUCUUCUGCCUCCGCGCCACGUCAGGGAUGGCCUGUGAGAGAUUCUCGCGGGAGAAGUCCGUUGAGGUGCUGAAAGGCAUGUGCGCCGCGAUCAUGGCGGUGGCUGGCCUCUCCGAGAAGCUCUCGGCAGGGAUGCUGGACGCCUUGCUUCAAUUGGCCUCGGAGCGCAGCGACGGUGUGCACGAUAUUGGCCGGCACCUGCUGAUGACAUACUUCCCCCAGGAGCCACGCACGCGCGAGCUUCUGGAGGAACAAGCGCAGCACCAUUGGCCUCACGUCCGGGCGAAGGUCAAGGCUCUCUUGGAUGGUGAGGAGAGUUGGCCAGAUCAAGGGGAGGUGAACUUGAAGUCGAGCGACCAGCUGCCCACCCCACGCUCGCUCUACACGAAAAGCCUGCGCAAGCUCCCCAUCCGCGUGCCGCAAAUCUCCCAGCCGCCUCGCAUGUCGAUGAGAGGAGACAAAGUGCCAAAUGUGCUCUACGACAGCGGCAACGAGCAGAGCGACAGUGAGGAAGAAUGA